AUGGUCCUCAAGCUCUACGGUUACACGACCUCGAUCUGUACCCGCCGUGUUGCUCUCGUCGCGAAAGAGCUCGGCGUUCCUUACGAGCUCAUCCCGGUUGAUAUCAUGAUCGGAGCGCAGAAGGCUUCUGAGCAUCUGGCUCGCAACCCGUUUGGUCUCGUUCCCACCAUCAAUGCGCGCAUUCUUUGCGCCGAUUUCGCGGAUGAUGGUUUCACUCUGUUCGAAAGCCGAGCCAUCUCGCGCUAUCUGGUCGCCCAACACGGGAACGGCAGCACGCUGGUCCCGGACCCCAAGAACAUCCAAGCAACAGCCCUGUUCGAGCAGGCGAUGAGCAUGGAGAAUAACCACUUCGAUCCCCUUGCUCUGGACAUCAUGGUCGAGGCAGUGUUCAACAGGAUGCGUGGGUUGAAAACGGACGAGGCGAAACUCAACGCGUCAAUUGAAAGCUUGCAUGCCAAGCUGGAUGUGUAUGAGAAGAUUCUGUCGUCGCAGAAGUACCUUGCUGGAAGCACACUGACGAUCGCCGAUCUCAUCCACCUCCCUUGGCUGUACGCUCUUGGUCAUGCCAAGUUUGAUGCGUUCACCGGCCGUCCCAGUGUGACUCGCUGGUACGAGGAGAUGAGUGUCCGCGAGAGCUGGCAAGCAGUCAAAGAUGGAGCUUGA